CCGCCGACUCUCCCGUGCCGCGGCGCGGGGGGUGGGGAUCUCCCCGCCGCCGCCUGAGGAAUGUCAACUAUUCAACAUGGAGACGGCGGUUACCAGGCUCGAGACCCUGUUCCAGAAAGCAGAAUCUGAUCUGGAUUAUAUUCAGCGAAAAGUGGAGUUUGACAUAAUGAAAAGUCUUCCUGAUGAUACAGCAGCAGAGGAGAAUCCAGCUGCUCUCCUGAAAGAGCUGCCAGUGCUGAAAUCCCGUUACAAAUCCCUGUGUGCACAGAUGGAAGAAAUUUCCAUGGAGCAGAAGGAAUCCAUGGAGAGCAUCCGUGCUGCCCUGGAGAAAACAAUGAAGAUAGUUCAGGCACUACAGCAACACACCGAGCUGGAGCGCUUACCUCUGUCAGAAGAAGAACUGGCUGCAGCCCAGCGGUUGAACUUGCAAAUCGGGAAAGAAAUGGAAUUUUCAGUGGAAAAGCCAUCCUGCCCAGGAUCUACAGUCUCUGGCUCAGCUGAAGAGCCCCAUUUCACACCAUUGACUGAAAAAGCAUUUAUGAGUGUGCCCAGGAGCAUCAGAAGCACUGUGAAAUUAGCAGACUUGAACUAUUUGUACAAGGAGUUAUUUAACCACUUCAUUGUACAGAACAACAGAGCAGCACUGAGUAUUUCACAGAUGAACAAGAUGAAUAUGAAAGCCACUGACUCAAGAAUUCAGAUCCUGAAAGAACUCGGGAUCGUGGAAAUCAACAAACAAGGAAAUGUUAAAUUAGCUGUGUAAUGAAAGCUCAUCUGACACAGAAGCAUCUUUGUCACAGCUCCUGGGUUAUUAAGGAACAGGAGUUCCAAGUCCACUAUAGGGAAGUUGUUCAUAUUUCUGCAUAAACAUUCUGUUGAUAAUACAUGAAAUUGGAGAGUUCAAAAACACUGAGGUUGGAACUUUACCUUGGAUGUUCUAAGGAUUAUGGGGUUUUUUUAAGGAAUGUUGUGUGCCAUGUAACACUUCCAUUUCCUUGCUGCAUUCCUGAGGGGGUUUUAAAGGCAAAUAAUCCAAGCCUCUUAAUUGUACUUGCAUUCCUGAAUAAAGAUUUAUUCUACUUUUGUUACUGUG